AUGCGCAAGACGCUCAGAAGGUCCUGCAAUCUUUGCGCGAAAUCAAAAUUGCGCUGCGAUCUCCUUCUACCACAGUGUUCGCGAUGCCAGAAGAAGUCGCCUCACCAAACAAUAUGUCUCUAUGCCAACACGCCGCUUUCAUCAGUGUUGACCGAAAGUGGCAGUACAUGCUUCGCCAGAUCGUCUCUCGGCUCCUACAAAACAGCGCCACGGCCUAUUGAACAGCUGCAACUUACUCUUAGCAAUCCUGGAACGGAAAUCUUUGAUCCAUUCGAUUCAUAUCCGCAGACCAGGCUUCCGCGAGCACAUGUUCAGCGGCUGAUCCAGCAUUUUCUCUCCACGAUUGCCUUCCAGUACUAUCCGCUCGACCUGAAAGCGACAUCCAAUCCAUUUGUGGUGUCCUGGUUUCCUUUGGCUCUGGCAGAUCCCGCGCUUUUCCAUGUGUCGCUGCAAACUGCGUCUCUGGACGUCGAACUUCGUGCAUGCCAAGGAUUCAGCAAUUCCGACAUAUUGAUGGCAGACUCCGUGCAUCUCGUGAGGCUCAAGAUCGAUGACCCGUUCCGAGCUGUCCAAGAUGAGACUAUAGAUUCUGUGGUGACGCUGGCUGCCAUCGAAUUCGGUAAAGGCAACACCGACAUCAGUCAGACACACAUCGAGGGCAUCAAGUCUAUGGUGCGCUUGAGAGGAGGCAUUCAUCAAGUAAAGUUGUCUCCUCAAUUUGCGACACAAGAUGAGUCAGGUCACGGUGAUGGCAUAGCUCCGACACCGCUAUGGCAAGCUGUGCGGUGUCACCCCUCUGUAUCCUCCCUACUAUACACGCUGGAUCUGGACCCAGGCGUGAACGACAUCCUAUGCCGCCUUCAGAUGUUGUUCCACGAGCCUGAGCAGUUUCCCAUGUGUACAACUGAAUUUCACGACCUCAUCUGCUUUGUCUUGCAUCGCUUGCUGGAACCAAAUUCGGAAUCACGAUUCCAUGAUAAUCCAGCAGCUCAAUCGACAUCUGAGUGCGUCCGAUUUGCGACAGCGCUAUACCUGCUUAUAGUGCAUGGUCCAACAUACUUCUCACAUGCAGGUCUCCAAUACAAGCUUACCACGCAGCUCAAAGCGCAUCUCGAAAACUACGCGGAACUCUUCGUACAGGGCAACAGCAACGACUCAUUGGCGCUAUGGAUCCUCUCAAUUGGCAUGGUAGCGACGAGCGGGAUGCCGGACUAUCAAUGGUUCACCAACCAACUAGCCGACAGAGCAUUCAUGCUCGGUUCACAGACCUGGGAGGAUGCAUUGUCGCAUGUGCGAAACAUAUUGUGGAUUCCGAAGCAACAGAUCGAAGAUAUUUUCCAGCGUCAUUGGCAGGUUAUGCGGGCUGAUGCUGUAGGCUGA